AGACAUGAUUGUAUUGCUAACAACAGUGAGUGUCACAUGGGAGUAUGUCGCUGUAAGGCAGGAUUUAUCAGUACCCUGGACGACACAGACUGUAAAAAGGUCCUGGAGAAAGCGCUAGAUAAUAGGACAUAUAUAAACCCGUGCUCGGACAGUCCCUGUCUAAAUAACGGUCAAUGUCAGCUCGACGCGUCCCUGGGGUACCGCUGUCUGUGUCCACUGGAGAAAGCUGGCCCUAUCUGUCAUAAAGCUGCAAAGUUCUCUGUGCCUUCCUUUACUGGGAACAGCUCUUACCUACAGCUGAGACAGAGGACCAAACCAAAUGAUGACCUGAUGUUCGAGAUUCGUGUGAAGAUUCUGAACAACGACGGAAUUAUAACCUUCACCAGUCAGUAUCCUAACGGUACCGGGGACUUUAUAGCCGUCACCGUCAUCAAUGGUUACCUGGAGUUCAGGUAUGACCUGGGGAGUGGUCUAGCUUUGAUACGAAGCCGGGACCAGCUGAAGAGAAAUGUGUACCACAAAGUUGUGGUCAACAGAGUGGGCAGGGCUGGUCAGUUACAGGUGGACAACAGUCCCGUCCUACAGGGGGAGAGUGAGGGGGCACUGACCUCUCUUGACCUCGGGGAUUUCUUAUACCUCGGGAACAUCCCUGACGAAGCUAAAAAGGCCAAGAAACUGCUUGGUCUACAGGUGGGCCUGGCUGGUUGUAUCGACUCCUUCGCUGCGGGGAGCACCAUCUCCCCCUAUACCUACAGCCUCAGCUACCCCUCCAGGAGUGGGGAUCUGGUCUCGGGGUUAGACGUGUGGGAGUGUGGCAGCAACCCCUGUAGUUCCCUUCCCUGUCACAAUGGAGGGUCCUGCUUCAUGUCUGAUAGAGAAGUCUUCCACUGUGAAUGUGAACAUGGAUUUACAGGUGAUUUUUGUGAGGUGGCGUUAGAUCCGUGCCUGAGAGCGAUGUGUAAGGAGGGAUCUACAUGUAUCGUCACACAGGACGGAGGAUUCAAAUGUCAGUGUCCAGCAAACAUGGAAGGGCAAUUCUGUGAAAAUGAGAGACUAGAGAAGAUAGCUGUGCCGGAGUUCAAUAGGUCGUCUCUGAUUAACCUUCCUCUGGGAGAAAUCGGAAGUCACUCAGUGUCCAUCAGAAUCUGGUUCAAAUCCGCAAAACCGAACGGUGUGCUUCUGUAUGCCAGUCAGUAUCCACAAGGAUUGGGUGAUUACAUUUCUCUGAACAUCAUUGAUAGACAGCUGGAGUUCCGAUUUAACGUAGGCACAGGAACAGUGGUAAUCAGGAGUACAAAGACAAUCAAACUGAACAAAUGGCAUGAUGUGUUGAUGCAGAAAAGUGACAGAACUGGGACUCUACAAGUAGAUAGUGACUGGACAUACAAAGGAAUGUCACAGGGAAUUCUUACAGAGCUGAACUUGUCUAACAGUGUGUUACAUGUAGGAGGCUUCAAUACCAGUGUUCCCAGUGACUCCCAGAUCACAGCUAACUUCACAGGAGUUAUACAGAGGAUAUACAUUAAUGGACACCUGUAUGACAAUUUGAUUCACUCGGCCACGUCCUCGGUCAAUGUGAGGGAGUACCAGGGCCCCCCAUGUAACGUCAACCCUUGUAUGAACUGGGGAGUGUGUGUACCACGACUAGACGAAGCCGACUGUAAAUGUCCAACCAAGUACAUCGGGGCCCGCUGUGAGAAAAUGGCCGAUCUUAAAAACAAAGACUUGCCUGUGGCAUUUGAUGGCAGCACCUUCCUACAGUAUCCAAAUGAAAUCACUAUACAGCAAACAGCCCAGAGGGUAAACAGAUACAGCAUUGUGUUCAAGACCAGAUCCCCGACGGGCCUCAUUUUGUUCCAGAACGGGCGGAGUAACAUCCUGGGGGACUACCUGGCCCUAGCUGUGGUGGGGGGACAGGUGGAGCUCAGCUACAAUCUGGGUAAACAAUCCGAGGGAGAUCUGCACAUUAUCCGGUCCUCGGUCAAGGUGGACGACGGACAGUGGCAUCACAUCAUCGCUCUACGGGAUGAGAGAGAGGGGAGUCUACAGGUGGAUGGUGAAGUCCCUGUGGUGGAUCAAUCAUCUGUAGGGGCGGAUCAAUUAGACACCAAUGGCAGGCUGUGGAUUGGUGGUAAAACAGAACUCCCCCUGGGUCUACCAAAGGAGUACUACACUGGAUUUACUGGAUGUAUAAAGGAAGUCCUAGUGGACUAUAAAUCUUUACAUUUGUUAGAGAACAGAAAUGAACAGAGUACCAGUUUAAUCAGAAACUGUGGAGCAUCAUAGCAGAUUAAGGAGACCAGUUUAUUCCUCUUGUGGAUAGAGCACCAGUUUAAUCAGAAAACCAGGGAACAUAGCGUGAUGAAACCAGUUUAUCCAAUACAGAGUGAGAGAACCAGACUUAUAUUUUUUUCGAUUUCAUCACCCAUUAUUAAUAGCCUCGUUUGAAAUGUAUCUAGAUGUCUUUAAUAAUGGAUUUUUUUCUGUUGGAUUUUGACUACUGGUCAUCUGCAUGAAGCAGUGAUAUCAGAACAAUGCUUUUAUUGCAGACUCUUUGUCAAAUGAUUAUUUUACAGUGGAGAUUAAUUCAAAUAAUUAUGAAUGUAAUGCAGUGUUAUGUUUGGGGAAGAUGAUAAUGGUUUAUUUUAAUGAAAGAUUUAAAAAGAUUUGUGGUACUGAAAAGUGUGAUGAUUUUACCGUCGAGGGGUCUUUUUUAUACAUGUAUACAUACAGUAUAUAUGUGUCAGGAACUAACUUGUUUUUUAGCCAAUAAAUUGUCAUGUGUAAUCAAACAUGGCUGAAACUGAGAAACUCUGUGUAAGGGUUAACUAAACCCUUAUACCUCUUAAGUGUGUGUGUUUGUGAAAAUGUGUUUACUAAAAACAAAGCUCCAAUUGAAAGUUGGCAUACACGUACAAAUAC